AUGCUAAAUGCAAACGACCGGAAUUCUCCCAGCAACCUGAACCAUGCCAGCGGCAGCUUUCGCGUGGCCAUUAGUAGAGGUAGCACCAAGCGGUUUAGUAGCACUCACGUCGGUACGAGGACGGAGUACUGUGCUCCCCUUACCACCCCCUGUAAUUGCUCCAGGCCCAUCUCCGUAGGCUGUCCUGUCGAAUGGCAGCUGUCUCCAUCAGCCAUGGUCCCAUUUCAGGAUGUGAUCAAUGGUCAGAAAGCCAAGUCUAGCACAAGCAGAUGCGCUGGGGGCCUCGACAUGACCUGUGCUGAGGGGCUCCCGGACUUCGCUGCUGUGCAGGACGGGGCUUGCCUGUGCUCUUGGUUCUAA